AUGGCCAAGGGUAAAUUUCAACCUAAAGAACUCCCUGUAGCAACCAUGAGCUAUCCCUACUACUCUCCUCCACCACCUUCACCACCUCUCCCUUGUGCUCCGCCACCCCCGUCUCCACCGCCCCCAUGUAACCCUGUAACUGCAUCACCACCUCCACCUCCACCACCUCAUCGCCAUGGCCAUCAUCACCAUCAUCAUCCAAAAUCACCCCCGAAACAGUACAAUGCGCAACCACCUCCUCCUCCAUCACCAUCACCACCACCUCCCCAUCACCAUGACUAUCCCAAGCCACCGCCUCUGUCAUCUCCUCCUCCACCACCUCAUCACCAUGACUAUCCUAAGCCACCAUCUCCAUCACCUCCACCGCCACCACAUCAUCAUCAUCAUCAUCAUCACUACCCUAAACCAUCACCACCUCCUCCAUCACCAUCUCCUCCGCCACCGCAUCACCAUGACUAUCCUAAACCUCCGCCACCUUCUCCUUCACCACCUCACCACCAUGAUUACCCUAAACCUCCGCCACCCACUGCUUCACCACCACACCACCACGACUACCCUAAACCUCCACCACCCACUGCUUCACCACCACACCACCAUGACUACCCAAAGCCUCCACCACCUACUGCAUCACCACCACAUCACCAUGACUGUCCACCGCCAACCUGGGCUACUCCUCCAGCUUCACCACCAUCAGUUCCAGCACUGCCACCACCUCACGGCUCGGCUCCACCACCACAUGGUUAUCAUCACACCCCACCUACUGCCCUCCCACCACCACAUUACCCUCCAAAAUCAUCACCACCAAAACCCAGCUAUGAGGCGCCGCCUCCAAAGUCCGUAUACCCACCAAAACCCAGUGAAGGUGCUCCACCACCCAAACCAGUAUAUCCACCAAAGCCAAGUAAGGGCGCACCACCCCCCAAGUCGUACCCACCAAAGCCAAGUAAGGGCGCGCCGCCACCAAAGUCCGUAUACCCACCAAAACCCAGUGAAGGUGCACCACCACCCAAGUCCGUUUACCCACCAAAGCCCAGUAAGGGAGCUCCACCACCGAAAUCUUCAUAUCCACCAAAGCCAAGCAAGGGAGCUCCUCCACCGAAGUCAGUAAUAUAUCCACCAAAGCCAAGUAAGGGUGCGCCACCUCCAGGGUACAAUGGACAUUUUCCUCCACCUCCCACAUACUACGGUGCUCCUCCUCCACCUUUCGGAGGCAUCCCACCGUCCUCCAAUGAACUGGCCCCACCUCCCGGCGGGAAAAAUCACACCACUGUCAUCGCCGUGUGUGUCUCACUAGGCGGUGCAUUCUUCCUCGCAUUCCUUCUGGUCGGUCUCUUUUGCUUCGCCAAGAAGAAGAAGAAGAGAGUGAUGGUUCCCGCAGCCGUUCCUUGCGAACCCGAAGAAGAAGUCCAUGAAACAGUCAUAGCAACAGGUGUUUACGGCGGCGGCGAAGCAAGUGCUGCUGCAGCCGGAGGAGGAGCAGGUUACGGGGGAGAAGGAGGGGGCCCACCACCUCAUGAACCCGAGAUAGUCGGGGCUGGUGGUGCCGGUGGUGCUGGUUAUGGUCAUCAUCCAAGUUAUUAA